GCUCAACGACUUUGUGACGAUCGUGACUACUAUCACUUAGUCCUACAUAGUGGUUAUAUAUUCUUUGCAGUCCAAAACACCGCGUGUAUCGGGUGAACGUUAGAAAUAAAUCUCUGCGCCAAUAAUUAAAAUGACGAGUGUCCAGAGGCCUGUUUUACCGCGACUGGAGGCGCUUCAGAGGGUAGCAAACAUUCCCAUCGUGGAGUCCGGUAUUGAAGUCACUGAAAAAAUUUACUCUAGGAUUAGGGAAUCAAAUCCAUUAAUACGUUGGUAUUUAACCCUUGGAGAGAAGUCACUAGCUACUGGAGUUCAAUUGGCAUUACCCGCUGUACAACUUCUGGAGACGCCGAUACACCAAUUCGACAGAUUCCUGUGCAUGUCGCUAGACGUCGUUGAGAAGAGGGUACCUUCAAUACAUUUACCACCUCAAGCAGUGAGUGAACCACUAUUGAAGAUGAAUAUGUACACAGAAACCCGCCAAUAUGUUAUACGUAGAGCUGAUUCAGUAAAGCAAUUGGGAACAGCUGUAUUGGAUUCUCGUAUGACGGCAGUUACCGCUAAUGCCUUGGAUCGUGCUCUCACCACCGCUGACAAAUACGUGGAUAAAUAUUUACCACCAGACUAUCAAGAUGCCGCUGAUGGGAUGGGAAAUCGUGUCUCCGUCUACACACAAAACAAAAUUAGCUCCAUGCGUAAAUAUUUAGUGGCGAUCAUAGUGACGAGUGCGGAGGCGGCGGAUAACGCGGACACGGGACGUGCGCGCGCAGCGCAGGCCGUGCAACACGGCGCGCGACUCAAGCGCAAGCUGCAGAGGCGGCUCACGAGGCAAGCUCUUGCUGAGGCCAAGGCUAUCAAAGAACAGAUACACGUGCUCGUCUAUGUGGCUGAACUGGUUGCCACGGAUCCAGUACUUGCUUGGCACAAAGCCAAGGAGUUGUACUCGUCUCUAAGUAAAUCUGAGCCAGAGAACCAGGCCCGACCCGAUACACUCGAACAACUUUUAGUGUUGCUGUCCCGCGAAACCGCCAGGAAGAUUGUGCAUCUUAUCAACUACACUCACUCUGACCUACCGAACAACAUUCGCCAGGGGUUAUCACUCGUCACCAGCCACAUGUCGGUAGUGACAGAUGCACUUCUUAAGAUGUUGCCGGUGGAAACAGCAAUUACCGAAGUGCGGGGACUACGUAGCAGACUGCACGAACUGCUGCAACAGCUGCAAUCCACAUCUAAAACCUAUCUCGAACAGCUCGCCAUGUUUGUAGCAGGAAAUGAGGAGCGUGAAAAGAUAGCGCCACGCUCUGUGUAUGAACAUCGAGACGACUUGGCAACAAUCAAUGGAGUCAAUUAAACAAUAUUAAAAAAAAGUAUCUCUCAGUAAUCUCCACUCGAUUUUUUUUAUAAAAUAGUUUUCAUACUUUAUGCUUGUGAAAUGUAUAUUAAAAAUCUAUACAAGUUUAAUUUAUACAUUAUAUUUCUAAGAAUAUAAACUUUCGGGUGUUUUAUUAUAAUUAAAAAAAAAAUGUUUAUCUUGGGAUGCCGGUUGCGAAGUUUUUAUCUCAAUUGUACCCUCCGACAUCCGAUACUCAUCGGAUUUGGAAGUAUAAUUUCUUAUUUGUAGCUUUAUAUCCAAUUAGUUUUAUUACUUUGAAAAAAGCACUAAACAUGACUAGAACAUACUGAGACUGAAAAUUAUAUUUAGUGUUUUGUUAUGCAUAUUAUUAUUGCAAUGUUAUUUAAGAUUGCAACCGCCUAUAACGAUGUAAUUUUUUUACGGGAUGUAUAAAAAAUAGUCUUAGCUUUUUUAUACGUAGAAACAAUAGCUUAAACUAUUAACAUUUUUUUCUUACAGUCCGGAUAUAUAUUUUAAUGUGAUAAUAAUAUUGUUGUAUGUCGUUAUCAGCGAAAUGUAUUUUUUUUUACUACACCAAAUGUGUUUUAAGUAAUUUACUCGCAAUCAAUUUAUUUUCGCAAAAAACUUAUGCGAGCAUUGUUAACCUUUUUGUUACAUUUAAAACAGACACAUGUCAAAAUGUAAAAAUAUUUACCAAAAAAUACAUAAUUGUACAUUUAGUUUGAGUUUAUUUUAUUAAAAUUUACAUUUGGUAAAAAAAAUGACGAAUCCUGCUCAACUACUAAAGGAAGCCUCCAAUCGAGCUUAUUAUGUAGGUAAGACUUUGUAUAUCUGAUACAUUAAAUAAAGAAAAAAAUUUAAACA